GGAUCCAAUCUGGGCAAAAAAUGAAAUCGGUGACAGACGGAAGUAUUCGUUUAUGAGGUGUAUGAAUGAAUUUAGUGUGGAUUACUUUUAGGCAACUGUAAAGAGUUGUUGCAUUACAUAUCGACCAAUGGACGGUUUUUGUUUUCUUUUUGUUUUUUUGAGAAAAGAAACAGCUUGAAAUGUCGGAAACUGGAAACUGCGCGUCGGGUUGAUCGAGGCAGAAACAGGCGCCUCCAUGAUCGGUGUAAAGUAUCACUCCAGAGCCCUGGCUGAAGAGGCCUGAAUAUUGGGAAGCUCAUUCUUGACUUUCAUACGUGUUGUUUUUUAUUUUGAAUAUCAUUAUUUAAAUUUUUAGGUUGCGUGAAAGUUAUUUAUUAGACUUUAUAGCGAAACAAACUCUGAACCACUAAAUUACUUCAUUAGACACUCAAUGUGUAAUGCUCGCGUAAUGAUUUAUGGGAUUUUUAGGUAACAGAUGUCUGACGGUCGAAAAUAAUACACCAUGGAUGAAAAAUACAGCAGCAAUGUCAUUUCUAGUGGCAAACUGGGACCGGUGGAUGUACAAAACGCAAGGCUAACUAGGUACAUCAUAUUGCUGUGUAUUACAAAAUUCCUGAAAGCUUUAGGAAUAUUUGAGUCAUAUGAUCUACUUAAAGUAGUUCAUAUUGUUCAGUUCAUCUUCAUACUUAAAUGUGGGUCUGCAAUUUUUUUGGUUUUGUUUCAAAAACCAUUCUCUUCCGGAAAAGUAGUCACAAAACAUCAGUGGAUUAAAAUCUUAAAACAUGCCUUUGUGGGUUGCAUUAUAUUCUUACUUGGAUUUUUUGGACUUACUCUAUGUGGACCUUUAAGGACACUGCUGCUAUUUGAACACAGCGACAUUGUUGUCAUAUCUCUUCUUAGUGUGCUCUUCACCAGCUCUGGUGGUGGACCUUCCAAGACAAGAGGAGCUGCAUUUUUUAUCAUUGCUGUGGUGUGUUUACUGCUGUUCGAUAAUGAUGACCUUAUGGCAAAAAUGGCAGAACAUCCUGAAGGCCAUCAUGACAGUGCUCUUACUCAUGCACUGCACACUAUGAUCUCUUUCCUUGGAGUAGCAGAUCAUAAGGGAGGAGUUAUGUUGCUCGUGAUCGCCUUGUGUUUCAAGGUUGGUUUUCAUACUGCUUCUCGGAAGCUGUCUAUUGAAAUAGGUGGAGCUAAACGCCUCUAUGCUCUUUCCAGCCUUGUCUCUGCUGUUAUACUUCUUCCUUGGGUUAUUGUCUUGUCUGUGACCACAGAGAGCAAAGUAGAGUCCUGGGCUUCCCUCAUUAUUCCAUUUGUAAUGGUAACAUUUUCAAUUAUGAUUCUUGAUUUCUACGUGGAAUCAGUUUGUACUGCAAAGAUGGAAGCUCCUAAGUGUGCACGCUAUGGCUCAAUCUUCAUAUUCCUUAGCGGCUUGCUUCUGGCAAACUUCUGGACUCACCCUUUGACGGACCAGCUACGAGCAAUCAGCAAGUCAGCCCAACAAAGCACAGAACAUGUCCUUUCAGGGGGUGUGGUUGUUAGUGCUUUUUUCUUUAUUGUCUCUGCCAACAUUUUGUCCUCACCCUCAAAGAAAGGACAGAAAGGCACUCUAGUUGGAUAUUCUCCAGAAGGUACACCACUGUAUAAUUUUAUGGGGGAUGCCUUGCAGCACACAUCUCAUUCCUUGCCCAGGUUUAUCAAGGAGUCACUAAAACAGAUUCUGGAAGAAUACGAUUCAAGACAGAUCUUUUAUUUCCUCUGUUUGAACCUGGCUUUCACCUUUGUAGAGCUCUUUUAUGGUGUGUGGACAAACAGUCUAGGCUUAAUAUCAGAUGGAUUUCAUAUGUUGUUUGAUUGCUCUGCCUUAGUCCUGGGACUUUUUGCUGCCUUGAUGACCAGAUGGAAAGCAACACGUAUUUACUCAUAUGGAUAUGGCAGAGUUGAAAUUCUUUCUGGAUUCAUUAAUGGCCUGUUCUUGAUGGUGAUCGCUUUUUUUGUGUUUGUUGAAUCUGUGGCACGACUUGUAGACCCUCCAAACAUCAAUACUGAUAUGCUGACUCCUGUAUCAGUUGGAGGUCUCAUUGUUAAUUUGAUUGGCAUCUGUGCCUUUAGUCAUGCACACUCUCAUGGAAGUUCUAAGGGAAGCUGUCAGUCGCAUGAUCAUGGUCAUUCACACCAUGGACAUGGACAUGGACACGGACAUGGAGAUCAUGGACAUGGAAGUCAUGGACACAGUCAUAGUCAUAACCAUGGGCAUUCUCAUGGAUCAUCAGGAGGAGGAGGAAUGAAUGCUAAUAUGAGAGGAGUAUUUCUGCAUGUUCUGGCUGACACACUUGGCAGUGUUGGGGUGAUCAUAUCUACAAUUCUCAUUCAGCAGUUUGGAUGGCUAAUUGCAGACCCUAUCUGCUCACUUUUCAUUGCUGUUCUGAUAUUUAUGAGUGUUAUUCCUCUUCUUAAGGAUGCAUGCCAAGUACUGUUGUUAAGAAUUCCACCAGAGCAUGAAAAGGACCUAAAUAAUGCACUUGAAAAGAUUCAGAAAAUUGAAGGAGUAAUAUCUUACCGAGAUCCACAUUUCUGGAGACAUUCUGCAAAUGUGGUAGCAGGCACCAUUCACCUGCAGCUAAUGUCAGAUGUUGUGGAGCAGCGAAUCAUACAACAGGUAACGGCAAUCCUUAAAGAUGCUGGUGUGAACAACCUAUCUGUGCAGGUGGAGAAGGAAGCAUAUUUUCAACACAUGUCUGGCCUUAGUACCGGUUUCCAGGAUAUCCUUGCAAUGACAAAACAAAUGAAGUCUAUGGAUUAUUUGGAGGAUGGAACUUGCAUUAUGUAAAUGAAAAUGGACCCCAGAAAAUUCCUCAGAGUGGAACGAGUUAAGCUGCCACAUUCCCUGUGUCUUACAAAUUUUGCACACUCAUGUAUAGUAAAUCUGUAUUUUGGCAUUUAUAAAUGUUUUUUCCAUUAAGUCUGAAUUGUUUUAUGUUGUGUAAAAAUGAGCCACAUGGAAAUUUCUUAUCAAUAUAUAAUACACGGUGUGUGUGUGUAUGUGCGCGCUUUUGUGUGUAUACAGUAUACUGUGUAUAUUAUAUAUACACACACACACACACUCUCAUUUUAAGCAUUAAAUAACUGAAUAUGGACAGCUUUUUAACUGCAGAUUCAAUUGUGUUUUAUAAUUAUCAUUGUUCGUUAAGUGACUUGUAUACAAAAAUAAUUUGGACAAAAUGACUCGGUUUCCUUGUCUCUAGGAGCAAUCAGGGAGUGAGGGUGACACGAGCCUAACCCACUAAUAGAAUGGCAUCCAACCUUACAAAAAAAAAAAAAAAAACAAAUAUUGAGACACUGGAAAUGCUGGACUUGAAAACUGGAGAACAGGAAAACAUAAUAAACAUAGUUUGAAUAAUGUAUAUGAAACACAUAUGAAAAUGGGAAUAAAUAAAUGAACUAUCAA